AUGCCUUUAAUUUGCUCAGGCUGUAAGAAGCCCGUACCCAAAAGAGAAUUUCUGACUUGUAAAUUUUGCAGCAGUAUAUAUGAUAUAGAAUGCGCUGAAGUCUCAAGUCAGCGAUAUUAUAACACAAUGACGGCCGAACACAAGAACAAGUGGAAAUGUCCAUUAUGUCAAGCAAAUGAACCAAAACGAGAUAACACAGAGACUCCAGUACGAGCAAGAGAACGCGACCAACAGAAGUGCGACUUAUUAGAUACUCAAAAUGUUACUUUAAGGAAAACUAAAUCAGCUUCAUUGAACGAGAGUACAAGCUCUAACGAAAUAAGCAUCCUUGGAGACACUGCCUAUACUGCAAAGCCUUCACAGUCGAAUUCAGAAGUAACGUUGGAGAACUUAAGUCAAAUAAUAUUAGAAAGACUUAAAGAAAAUAAUAUAAACAUAAUAUGUGAAAUAAAAAAUACCAUACAGAAAGAAAGAAAUACAGCGAUAAUGAAACUUAAAAACGAAAUUUAUCAAGAGACUAGCAGCAUAAAGAAAGUUAAUGAAUCUAUUAAAACCAAUAUAGAAAGGAUAAAUGCAGAUAUAGGAUACUUGACUAUAGAGAAUACUAACUUAAAAAAAGAAAUAGAGGAAUUACAGAAAAACUUUACUUUUAUAAAAACUGAUAAAAACCCCAUUCAAAAUAAUAACAAAAAAAUAGUGCUCUAUGGACUGGCAGAACACUACAAAGAGCCAGAAUAUAACCUGCACAACAGAAUCGUGCAAGCUUUUCAGGAGAUCUUGCAAAUUGAUAUAACAGGAUAUAUUGAAGAGACACGAUGGGUCGGACGAAAUAUCUCAAAAAAUCGUCCACUCGAAAUUGAACUUCUUAGUAAACGAAUGGCUAAGUACAUAGUGAGAAACAAUCAUCAAUUCCGUAAUACUGGACUACAAGUAUCAGAAUACUUAGAUAAAACUGCAUUGGCGGAGCGUAAAAAAAUGCGACAGGAAAUGUUCGAAGCCCGGAAAAGGGGACUAUAUGCGAUAAUUAAAAAUGAUCAGCUAUACAUAGAAGGUAGAAAAGUUAAUAAAACAAUUGACAAAAAUGCUAAUCAAGUUCCUAACUUGCAUAAUACAACGAUAGAGAGAGUAACUUCGAAUGAGACCCAGCAACAACAAUCUACACAAACUAAUUAUCUAACAAAUAAUUCCUUUCGGAAACAAUGA